AGCAGGUGCCUCCAAUUCCUUCUCCACAACUCUAGUCCCUCUGUUCGUGGGUUUAGGGUGCAGCAGCUUGGCCUUCAUCUCUGUUCGGGUUUUCUCCUCUCCCAACACAAAGUUGCAGACCCAUAAUUCCUCGCAAACCAAUCUCUCUUCCUCUCACUUUAAAGCUUCUUCUUUUCUGCUUCAAGAACCCCCACCGAAAACGUGCCCCAAUGGUGUUACUCGUGGAAGCCCUGAAUCCAGUUAUUGUGUAAAGGAACCCCGCCUCCCGAAAGGUGUUACUCGUGGAUGUCCAGAAUCCGGUUAUUGUGUAAAGUUGGAUCGAUAUGUGGCUAGGAGCAUGAAGGUUAAUUAUGUGGUAGGAUCCUACCUUGAUCCCCUUACAGUUAAGGUGUUCCCUAAAGGUUCAUCUCUUGUAGCUGAUAUGUCAAGCGCAAUCCUAAAUGUGACCGAAGGAAAGAGUAUUCUAAAGAUUGAGGCCAAUUGGAUUGAGAAAGAAAGAAAUUGUCAAGACUCAAGUUCCGGCAAUAUCUCUGGCAACAGUCUUGGCCUUGAUAGCUUUUGGGGACUAUUCCUUAUUGCCGGGGUUGCUUGUGUAUUCGCUCUCAUCAUAUUUUUUACUUCCUUCCUUUACAAGCAUAAGCAUGUCUUGAUGCCCCCUGAUUCAACAGCUUCUACCUGGAGAAGGAUUCGUGCCAUAUUUGAAACUUUUGAUGAUAGAGAUGCCAGCUAUUAUACUUCUAGAAGUAGUCAACAGUCGAAAAAAUUUACUGGUGUUGGCCAUCAUGGACUGGAUGCAUCACAGACUAGCAACUGGCCGGAAAGUCCGUUCAGCUAUACAAACCAUAGAGAUCUUGAUUCUGUAUUUGGAGGUCAACAAACACCAUCUACUGCUGGAGUAUCUCCGGAACCAGUUCAAACUAUUAAGCUUGCUAUUACUAUUUAAUGAAUGCAUGCAUCAAACUCGCAAAAUAUAUGAUAUUCAGUGAAGGAAAAAAACAAGUUUAUUUCUGAAGCAUGUGUGCUUGUUGAUUAAUUGCUUUGUUGCUUAGCUUACGUUAAUAGACGAGUUUGUGAGUGUUAUAUAAUUCAGAUCAUUAUCACAUUUGUUCAAAACUCUAUUGUUUGAAC